AUGGCAUCGUCUGCAUUCUUUAUAAUCUGCAUUCUACAUUCGGUGAUAUCUAUAACUUGUGGAGCAUUCAUAAUGUUUUACCUCAAAGAAAUCUCUGUUUUCGGGCACGGAAUUGAGACGGCACAAAAGCUAUUAGGCUCGACUCCUCAUGAUCAGUUGUUAAUUCAGAUUUCAGAUUCAUUUGCCGGGUUGCUUUUGUUUGUGAUCGGUUGUUUUUUGUUCAUGGUGGCUUUCGUUCGGGAUAAAGAGUUCCAAGGCUUCUUUGCAAAGGGAUGCAUUCUUCUUCACAUCUCGAUGGCCCUAUGGAGGGUGUACUUCGAGAGAAGGAUUGACGAUUUGGCAUACGAUUGGCCUAGACAGCUUGCUGGUGAUUUUGCGCUCGCAAUUUCAUGGGUUUUGUUUCUUGUUUAUUCAUGGAGAGAGAAGUAUGAUUAA